AUGGACGCUGUCCAAGAGAUGCCUGAGUUUGCUAAAUAUUUGAAGGAUCUCUUAACAAAGAAAAAGAAGAAGCCAUUAAAACAUGACACUGUGGGUAUCACUCAUCGUGUCAGUGCUAUUAUUUCCAAGACCGCGGUGCAAAAAAGGGGAGAUCCUGAAGCAUUCACCAUUCCAGGCACUAUAGGCAGGAAGGAUCUUAUAGAUUCAGAAAAGCAUGAGAUUAAGUUCCGGGUUAAUGAUGAGGAGAUGACUUUUCAAGCCAGCAAGGGUAUGAAAUUGCCCAGUCUUUAUCAAAGUAUUUCGGUUAUUAAUUCUUUUGAUGUAGUGGAUGAAGCGGUGGAGUUCAAGAUGGAAGAAGACUGCUUGGAUGAAGCAUUAUCAGCUAUCUUGGUAAAUUUUAAUGCAAAAGAGAUGGAGGGAUAUAUUGAGACGACUCAAAGACUUCUCACAGUCUUGAGGAAACAUUUGAGGGCCUUGGGUUGGACUAUUGUAGACAUCCGGGGGAUUCCUUCCGGAAUUUGUGAGCACCGAAUUCAGCUGGAAGAGAAAAGUUCACCAAGUGUUGGGCAUCAAAGAAGAUUGAAUCCACCGAUGCAAGAGGUGGUAAAGAAAACGAUUAUUCAGUGGCUGGAUGCUAGGGUGGUUUACCCAAUUGACAACAGUCCAUGGAAAGUUGAAUACUGCAUCUUGCAAAGACCAUUUAUGCCUUUUAUUGAUCAAAUGCUUGAUCGGCUAGCCGAAAGGGUUCUACAAAGGUUUGAAGAGACAAAUCUAGUUCUUAACUGGGAAAAGUGUCAUUUAAUGGUAAAUGAGGGAAUUGUCCUUGGCCAUAAGAUUUCCGAGAAAGGGAUUGAAGUUGAUCAAGCCAAGAUCGAUGUGAUUUCAAAACUCUCUCCUCCCAUCUCAGUUAAAGGGGUUCGGAGUUUCUUGGGGCACGCUGGAUUUUAUAGAAGGUUCAUCAAAGACUUCUCAAAGAUUGCAAAUCCAAUGUGCAAGCUUUUGGAAAAGGAGUCGAAAUUCAAUUUUGAUGAAACGUGCAUCAAGGCUUUUGAAUAG